UAAUGUUUACGCUGAGGUCCAGGCACCCAUGGCAGUGUCCUCUCUCCAAACUGGGCAACAGGCCGCCGCUGCCGCCUAUACUUUUCGCUAAAAUGGUUAAUUGACUUGGCAGUGAGACUUUUCCAUCCAAAUGCAAGGAUGGACUGUCAGCUAGAAAACUGCCAGUCCUGCACUGUACAUGUGACGUCCACCUUGUGAUUAUUUGUAUCAAAACAGUCUUCGACAACUGAAAAGGUCAGCCCAUUUAGCCUGCUACAGACUGCAAUGAACUCCAUCCACAUUAGGAACCUUGCCGUUUUCAGCUUCUUCCUUGAGCCUCUCUCGUGUGUGCUUCUAGUCAAGCGAAUCGACAGAAAGCUUGCUCGGAUACAGUUGGAAGCCAUGGACUCCCACUGGCUGUCCCCAGCGGAGCGUGAGCAGCUGCUGCUGGAGCUGAAGGCCACCGGCUGGGUGGAGAUGGAGGAGAGAGACGCCAUCUACAAGGAGCUCACCUUCAAGACCUUUAACCAGGCGUUCGGCUUCAUGUCUCGAGUGGCACUACAAGCAGAGAGGAUGAACCAUCACCCUGAGUGGUUCAAUGUUUAUAACAAGGUCCAGAUCACAUUAACUACCCAUGACUGUGGAGCCCUCUCCAAGAGAGACAUCAAACUGGCCAAGUUCAUCGAUAAAGUGGCCCUAACUAUAUAGUGUAUGUGUGUGUGUGUGUGUUAUUAUGUCGGUCCAUGUGGAGUUGCAUGGUGCCAUGAUGUGGAUAUUCCUGAGAACUGUCUUCAUUUGACUGAAUCUGUCAUUACUAAGAAAUGUUUCUGAUGUAUUUGAUUCAUUAAAAACAAUAGAAAUUG